AAAUUACAUCCUUACUUGUAUAAUCUAUUCUGUUCAACAAGGAAUACUUCAUUCUCCAGAAUCUUUUGCAGCAAAUUAUACUUGGUAAAAUGCUUAUAUCGACAAGAUAACACUUAUACCUUGAGGGCAUCAUCAUAUACAAUCUCUGGUAUAUUCUUUGGCAGAAAACUACCAAAUUAUCUUCAGGAUACACAUGAAGAAAAUGAAUGUGGUAAAACCAAGCCAAGUGUUAACUCUUUUUCUUCUCUUUGAAAUGUCAGUAUUUGGUCAAUAUGAGAGUGAUGAUUUUGAGGAUGUAUACGAACAUGAGAUGGAUAGUGAAUAUCCAUCUAUUUUUCGUCAAGUUCCUCGUGUAGAAUAUAACAUCCCAUACUCCAACGUACAUGCUGAGUGUGCCAAAGAAUGCUUCUGUUCACCUACAUUCCCAACAACUAUGUACUGUGAUCAUCGCAAGCUUCUGACAAUACCAAAGAUUCCAGCUCACAUCCAGCAACUUUAUUUGCAACAUAAUGAGAUUGAAGCUGUGCCUCUGGAAUCCUUUGUUAAUGCCACAGCUUUGAAAGACAUUAAUCUCAGCCACAACAAAAUCAAGUCUCAUAAGAUUGACAAUGGUGUAUUCGUCAAACUUGCAAACCUCAUUCAACUUCAUUUAGAAUAUAAUCAGUUGGAAGAAAUUCCAUUCCCAUUACCUGGAAGCUUAGAAAGGUUGAUCCUGGGUUUCAAUCAAAUUUCCAAGUCACACAGUAAAGCCUUGGAAGGGCUAACACAUUUAACAAUGCUUGACCUCUGUAAUAAUUAUCUUGAGGAUUCCCAGCUCAAAGGAAUAGACUUUUCAAAUAUGAGAAACCUAAUGCAGAUUAACCUUUGUAACAACAAGCUACAGUCUAUGCUUCCAGAUCUACCACCUUCAGUGAUGUAUCUUUCACUUGAAAAUAAUUCAGUUUCUUCCAUUCCAGAUAAUUACUUCCACAAACUUCCAAAUCUUACUGCUUUAAGAAUGUCACACAAUAAUCUUGAAGAAAUUCCUUAUAAUGCUUUUAUGUUUUCUAAUCUUCUGGAACUUAAUCUUGGGCAUAACAAAUUGAAACACAUUUUCUAUAUUCCAAGAACCCUACAACAUUUAUACUUAGAAGAUAAUGAACUAGAAGUCAUGAAUGUUACUUUAAUGUGUCCUGCUAUUGAUCCACUGAACUUCAAACAUUUAACGUACAUACGAGUAGACCAAAACAAGCUUACAGCUCCUAUCAGCACUUAUGCAUUCUUCUGCUUUCCACAUGUGCGGACCAUUUAUUAUGGAGAACAAAAAAUUAGCAAAGAUCAGCAAACACAGCUGAAAACACCUGUGUUCCGAAGAUUUCUGACUCCAGAAGAAUAUGAAGAAGCAGAAGAUUUUCAUGAAGAAGAUGAAAGUCAUGAUCACGAUUCCAGAGGAAGUGACAAUGACAACUACCUUGAUCCUUACUUCUAUUAACAAUUUUAAGAGGUAGUAAAACUAGCAAACAAACAAAAAAUAAUAUCAAGUAUAAAUGAAACAGAAUAAACUGGAAAAUGCAGUAAACCAUCUGAAGCCAUUCAAUAUAUUUUAUAGCAUAUAGAAUAUUUUUAUGUAGAAAAUCUCAAUAGCCAUGAAAAUAGUAUUUCUUAGAUGUUCAAACUAUUAAUAGCAGACUAUGAAAACAUUUUAAAUAUUAUAGAAACAUUUAGGUGAAUACAAUACAUGCCAUGACAAUGUCGUUUGUAUAAUAUUGGUAUGGUAAUGAUACUCUCUAAAUGCUGAUAUAUUUGAGACUGCAAUAUGAUACACUACUGUUAUUUGACAUAGAUCUUAUUUUUCAUUUGAAUAACUUUUCUAAGAGAAGUUAGUUUAUUCUGAAUCCUAAUUAGGCUUGCAGCAAACCCAUUACAAUAGUAGAUUUAAAAAUCUCUUGGUAUUUCAGCUAACAUUUAACUGAAUAGUUAAAUAGUCAAGCAUUUAACUAUUUUAUGGUUUAUGCAUGUAGAUGUGUGUGUCUGUGUAUAAACUUACUAUUCAUGAAACAUUUAUCUUUUGCCCAAAUUCACUUCAUAAAUAUGAAAUUAUUCAAGGAGCUAUCCAUUGACUCAGAAGAAUAAUUUGAAGUUAAUAUUGUACUCAAGUGAAACAGAAGACUAGUAGGUUAAAAACAUAAUUUGAAUCCGAAGAUGUAUUAAUUAUAAAAUGUAUAAUAGAAAGAACAACAAUCCUUUCAGUUGACAGGAUACCCAGAAAUAAAAUGAAAGCUGACUAAAAUCUUAAGAUAUCAUCAAAUUUCACAUAAUCUUACUAACUUUACUCCUGAAAUCUUUGCUAUCUCUCAUGAUAAAUAAUAAAACAUUCAUCCUGCUGCAUAACGUUUCAGGAGAUUUUGAUUCAUUAUCAUAAGCACUCUUUUUUUGCCUAUAGACGCCUACAUUUUGGGUUACAUAAAAUAAUUGUUGAUAUCAUGAAUACUUUGUCCUGGGGCCAACUAUUCAUUCUUGCUACCAAGUACAUUUCAAGUAUAUUUAAUGAGUAACAAACUUAAUAUUUGUUACAGAAUAUAAAAUGUUAUCUAGGAUUCAAUCUCAAUAAAAGGAGAAUAUUUGUAACUCAGAGUUGAUGCAAUCUACAUCAAUGAAACUAUCACUAAACAAGAACAUACAGACACAUAUUGCAACAUAGGGAAAAAUCAACAGACUUGGCUUAUAUUGAGUUCAUCAACAAUA